UUUAGUAAGUUGAGACGUUUCGGUGGCCGAAUUGAUGAACACAACGCCAGGAUGCACAACUGGCAGGAGAACGAGAUCAGAGAACUUCUGAAGAUCCGCGGGUCGGACGCGAUCCGCAACUUGAUCACGGGCACAGCGAAGGACUCUGUCGUUUACCACCGGAUGACCAGGCUGCUGGCGGAAAGAGGGGUCCACAGGUCCAACAUGCAGGUAAUCAGCAAGCUGAAGGCGCUCAGGAGACAGUAUACCAAGUACCACGAACAGAAGACCCGCUGCGGGAGCGGCCGCGUCGACUGGCUGUUUUACGACGACUGCCACAGGGUUUUCGGGAAUGCUCCGGCCGGGAACCCGGUGAUGAAGAGGCACAGAAGUCCGGCGCCACCUCCUGCACCUACGCCCUCCCCGCCACUGCCCCCUCCACCUCCGCACCCCUCUUCCAGCAGCGAGGAGCAUUCAGAAGUUGUAGUUGGCAUCUGGGACGAAGUGGACGACAGAGAGCUCAACAAGCACCUGGGUCCAGUGGAGGUGGAUGACGACGAGGACCAGUACAGCCCAUCAGAGCACGCGCAGACCAUCAGUGCCCCGCACGCAAUCCCAUCAAAGAAAAGGAAAACGACAGUGAUGGAGCAAGUCUCCACUUUAGUGUCGGCGACGGUCGCCCAGCUCAGAGAGAUGGACGCUGCCAUGCAGGCGCAGGAGGACGCCCGUCUGCAGAGGUUAAUGGACCACGAGAGGGAAAUGCAGAACAGUCUCGUGAGCCAGCUCAUAGCCAUGAAUGAAAGGAUCAGUCGAGAAAACCACGAAAGACACCUUGAACUCGUGGACAGAAUACUGUCCAGGUUCCCUUCGCCUUCGGGCCACUGACUGACUCGUCCUCGUGAGAAAUGACAGCUCGUGACAAAGUCUUCCACCAGCUGUCCAGUGCCUCAGCCCACAUUCCUUCUUUUUACUGUAUUUCUGUAAGGAUUUAAAAAAACAAAAUCACUUCCACUCGAUGUUAACCUCAACUCUGCUCAGCUGUAGCUACUGCAGAUCCAGGUCAUGUUCACACCGCAGGUUUUCAGCCUCUGUUUUCAUCUGGGUUUCUGAUCAUGUGACUUCAUUUAAAUCUUUUAGUUAACCAGUUCAUACCAGUGUAAACUGGCAGUGGUGCUAGAAAAGCUAAUAUGCAGAUAAAGAAAUAUCAAAACACUAAUUUGAAUGAAAUAAUGAUGCUGCCCCAUAAUGGGCUGCUUUGACUCUGUUUUGCUUCAGACAAGAAGCUUUUAAACCC